GGGAAGAACUUUCACACACCUCUCUCUCCCCCUCUCCUCCUCUCUGUCGGCAGGAAAAAUUUUAGGGGUCGAUCGAAAGCUUGGGGGAUGCGACUGGGAUCGCGGGUUUUGAGCGAAUUGAAUUCCCUGUGUCACGCAGACGCGAUCCUCACACAAACGAUUUGGGUGGAUCGAUUCUCACACCCCCAAGGAGCGCACAGAUGAUGAUCUCCAGGCAGCGGGAGCGCAUUUCGAGCAAUCUGACGUGCUUGAUCCGGGAGCAGCGCGGCAAGAAGAUCGGAUCGUGCGUGGGAUCACGGCGGGAGAAGCUCUUGGGGCUCAACACCAGUCCCGCGGGCUCGGCGGAUUCGACCAGUGAAUUGAUCGAGGAGGAAGUGUGGGCGGUGAUGUACCCGGAGGAGAUCCAGUGGGACGAUCAAUUGCGGCGGCACGAGAGCAAUCGAUUGUUCCGGGCGUGGAUGUCGGCCAACUGGGAGGGAAAUGGGAAUCUUGCGAGCCCAUCUCCCAAUUCUUCGCGGCGAUCGACAAUCCAGCGCGCCGACCCCAUCAAUGUGCCCGAUUGGACCAAGAUCCUCCAGCAGAAGCGCAAGAGCGCGGGAUCGCCCGAGCUGGAGCUGGAGCUCGCCGACGAGGAGGAGAAGGAGAAUCACGAGUGGAUUCCGCCGCACAAGCUAGCUGCGAGGCAAGACGCGGCGCGAAUUCGCACGAGCUCCAUGGUCGCCUUCUCGGUUCUCGAGGGCGCGGGCAGGACGCUCAAGGGCAGAGAUUUGAGGCGAGUGAGAAACGCGGUGUGGGCGCAAACCGGCUUGAUUGAUUGAUUGGCGUACGGAUUAGGUUGUUGGGGUUGUACGGAUUGUUUUCUACCCACUUUAGCUAAGAACCCUAAAAGGAGAUCAGUGUA